GCAGCUGGUUGUAAUGAAUGAGCAUGUUGUUGUGUUUGUGUGAAGGUGUUUCUCUGCUAUGGAUCAGAGUGAGGACAGAGAGGAGGGAGUCCCUCCCUCUAAAAGCUCUCUGUGUGGGGAACAUGACAGCCAGACCAAAGCUCAGAGGACAGAGAAGCAGCACAGACCAGACUCUGAUGAACUCAGCCUACCUGAACCUAAGAAGUUCAGUGAUGAACAUAAAUCUGCUGAUCAGAGGAGUUACAGUAUAGAAGCUGAAACUUCAGAGGUUCUCAGUGGUCAGUCUGUCCAGCAGCAUCAAACACAGCUGGACUCCAUAUUUAUGCUGCUGGAGGAGAACAUCAGCAGGUUUGUGAAGAACGAGCUGAAGAAGAUCCAGAAGGCUCUGAGUCCAGAUGACCCAGAAUGCUUAGAGAGUCAGAGUGAGGAUGAGGAGGAGUUGGACGGUGAGGAGGAAGAGCAGAGGAGGAGCAGCAGAGAGGCAUUUGUGAAGAUCACAGUGCACUUCCUGAGGAGAAUGAAGCAGGAGGAGCUGGCUGAGCAUCUGCAGAGCAGAACAUUCAGAGCUGCAAACUGUCAACGUAAACUGAAGUCUAACCUGCAGAAGAAGUUCCAGUGUGUAUUUGAGGGGAUCGCUAAAGCAGGAAACCCAACCCUUCUGAAUCAGAUCUACACACCGCUGUACAUCACAGAGGGAGGGACUGCAGAGGUCAAUGAUGAACAUGAGGUCAGACAGAUUGAAACAGCAUCCAGGAAACCAGACAGACCAGAAACAACAAUCAGACAUGAAGACAUCUUUAAAGCCUCACCUGGAAGAGAUGAAGCAAUCAGAACAGUGAUGACAAGGGGAGUGGCUGGCAUUGGGAAAACAGUCUUAACACAGAAGUUCACUCUAGACUGGGCUGAAAACAAAGCCAACCAGGACAUACACUUCACAUUUCCAUUCACUUUCAGAGAGCUGAAUGUGCUGAAAGAGAAAAAGUACAGCUUGGUGGAACUUGUUCAUCACUUCUUUACUGAAACCAAAGAAGCAGGAAUCUGCAGGUUUGAAGAGUUCCAGGUUGUGUUCAUCUUUGACGGUCUGGAUGAGUGUCGACUUCCUCUGGACUUCCACAACACUGAGAUCCUGACUGAUGUUACAGAGUCCACCUCAGUGGAUGUGCUGCUGACAAACCUCAUCAGGGGGAAACUGCUUCCCUCUGCUCGCCUCUGGAUAACCACACGACCUGCAGCAGCCAAUCAGAUCCCUCCUGAGUGUGUCGGCAUGGUGACAGAGGUCAGAGGGUUCACUGACCCACAGAAGGAGGAGUACUUCAGGAAGAGAUUCAGAUAUGAGAAGCAAACCAGAACCAUCAUCUCCCACAUCAAGACAUCACGAAGCCUCCACAUCAUGUGCCACAUCCCAGUCUUCUGCUGGAUCACUGCUACAGUUCUGGAGGAUGUGCUGAAAAGCAGAGAGGGAGGAGAGCUGCCCAAGACCCUGACUGAGAUGUACAUCCACUUCCUGGUGCUACAGUCCAAACUGAAGAACACCAAGUAUGAUGGAGGAGCUGAGACAGAUCCACACUGGAGUCCAGAGAGCAGGAAGAUGAUUGAGUCUCUGGGAAAACUGGCUUUUGAGCAGCUGCAGAAAGGCAACCUGAUCUUCUAUGAAUCAGACCUGACAGAGUGUGGCAUCGAUAUCAGAGCAGCCUCAGUGUACUCAGGAGUGUUCACCCAGGUCUUUAUAGAAGAGAAAGGGCUGUACCAGGACAAGGUGUUCUGCUUCGUCCAUCUGAGCAUUCAGGAGUUUCUGGCUGCUCUUCAUGUCCAUCUGACAUUCAUCAAGUCUGGAGUCAAUCUGCUGGCAGAAGAACAAACAACAUCCCUGACACGUUUCUACCAGAGUGCUGUGGACGAGGCCUUAAAUAGUCCAAAUGGACACCUGGACUUGUUCCUCCGCUUCCUCCUGGGUCUUUCACUGCAGACCAAUCAGAUUCUCCUACGAGGCCUGCUGACACAGACAGGAAGUAGCUCACAGUCCGAUAAGGAAACAGUCGACUACAUCAAGAAGAAACUCAGUGAGAAUCUGUCUGCAGAGAGAAGCAUCAAUCUGUUCCACUGUCUGAAUGAACUGAAUGAUCGUUCUCUAGUGGAGGAGAUCCAACACUACCUGAGAUCAGGAAGUCUCUCCACAGUUAAACUGUCUCCUGCUCAGUGGUCAGCUCUGGUCUUCAUCUUACUGUCAUCAGAAAAAGAUCUGGACGUAUUUGACCUGAAGAAAUACUCUGCUUCAGAGGAGGCUCUUCUGAGGCUGCUGCCAGUGUUCAAAACUUCAAGUAAAGCUCUACUGAGUGACUGUAAACUCUCAGAGAGAAGUUGUGCAGCUCUGUCCUCAGUUCUCAGCUCCCAGUCCUCUAGUCUAAGAUAUCUGGACCUGAGUAACAACAACCUGCAGGAUUCAGGAGUGAAGCAGCUUUCUGCUGGACUGGAGAGUCCACACUGUGGACUGGAAACUCUCAGCCUGUCAGGAUGUCUGAUCACAGAGGAAGGCUGUGCUUCUCUUGCCUCAGCUCUGACGUCCAACCCCUCCCAUCUGAGAGAGCUGGACCUGAGAUACAAUCAUCCAGGAGACUCAGGAGAGAAGCUUCUGUCUGCUGGACUGGAGGAUCCACGCUGGAGACUGGACACUCUCAGGAUGGACCAUGGUGGAGAGCACAGGUUAAAACCUGAUCUGAAGAAGUAUUUCUGUGAACUCACGCUGGACACAAACACAGUGAACAGAAACCUCAAACUGUCUGAUAACAACAGGAAGGUGACAUUUGUGGAGGAGGAUCAGUCAUAUCCUGAUCAUCCAGACAGAUUUGACUGUUGGAAACAGCUGCUGUGUAGUAAUGGUCUGACUGGUCGCUGUUACUGGGAGGUCGAGUGGAGAGGAAGAGUUGAUGUAUCAGUGAGUUACAGAAGAAUCAGCAGGAAAGGAAACAGUGAAGACUGUGUGUUUGGAUGGAAUGAUCAGUCCUGGAGUCUGAUCUGCUUAGAUGAAGACGGUUACUCUGUCUGGCACAAUAAGAGAGAUACAUACAUCUCCUCCUCCUCGUCCUCCUCCUCCUCUGUCUCUAACAGAGUAGCAGUGUAUGUGGACUGUCCUGCUGGCACUCUGUCCUUCUACAGAGUCUCCUCUGACACACUGAUCCACCUCUACACCUUCAACACCACAUUCACUGAGCCUCUGUAUCCUGGGUUUGGAGUCUGGCCUGGUUCCUCGAUGUCUCUGUGUCCUCUGUCUGAGGUGGAAACUUCCAGGGUGGAGGACAGACGGGACAGCGCUACACCUGCCACACAUAAAGGACGAUUCAGAGUGAAAACAACACAGGAGGUUCAGGACUUCACACCCAAAGUGCUGCCUGAGUCUACAAACAUUUCAUACAGGUUCAGCUGUCCUGGUCCAGGUGUGUUCAGGUGUACUUUGACUGGACUGGUGUUUGGUACGGUUCAGGAGGCGGAGCUACAGUACAGGACUGUCCAAUGGGACGAAAGCCUUCUACAACCAGCUGGCAAGAUGGCUGCAGGGCCGCUGUUCAACAUCCACAGUCCUGACGGUGCUGUCAGUCAGCUCCACCUGCCACACUGUGAAACCAUGGAUGCUCCGCUCCCUGAAGGUUUGCUGUCUGUCGUCCACAUCACUGAUGAUGGAAUGAGCAUCCUGGAGCCGCUGGAGAUUACAGACACUCAUGUGGUUGUGAACGUCCCUCACUUCUCUCUCCUGGGCCUCAUCUGGGACGUUGUUACAAGGUUCCUGAACAUCACAAUUAGGGGCCAGGUUCUGCUGUUCCUCCGACCUCCGGAUGGUGAUGAUCAAAUACUUGAUGUAUUUCUGCUGCAGGACAACAUUCCUCUGAGCGAGGUUGCCGCCCAACAAGGAGCAGCUGAGAACAUUAAGAUCUCAUCUGACUGUGAUCUCAGCAUUGGUCAAAGUUACAGUGUUCACUGUGAACCUGAAGCCUCCAUAAUCCAGCCUGAGCAAACACAAUUUCGCACAAAGUGUGGACCAAACUUUUUCCCAACGUUUGAGGUUUUCCUCACUACAAAACAUAACAGAAUGACUUUUAUGGUCCAAGACCAAGAGGGGACACGAAGGUGGAAUCGGCUGGUGCAACUGAGAGGUUCAAGAAGUGAAAAUCUACAGAGGAAUCUCCAAGCAAGGGACAUUACCACAGUGGGGGAAAGCAGCACAGCAGAGGACUCUCCCAGCAGGGGGCACCAAACCAGCAGAGGAAUCUCUCAGCAGGGGAAUCACCCAGCAGAGGACAUCGUUCCAGCAGAGAAGAGGCUGCGCUCAAUACGGACACAGUUUGUUAACAGAGUGUCUGAACCUAAUCUAGACAAGCUUCUGGAUAAACUUCUUGAGUUUGAAGUUAUAAAUGAUGAUGAAAUGCAGUUAGCCAGCACAAAAACAGGAGCAAACAAAGCUCGAGAAGUGAUCGACACGGUGCGAAGAAAGGGAACUGAAGCCAGCUCACGUUUUAUUGUUGCUCUCUGUGAGGUGGAUCCAAACCUUUCCAGACUGCUCAACUUAAGCUGA